ACAACUCAACAUCCAGUGAUUCCAGUCUACAGCAAGAACACAAAUUUGGUUGUUAUGCCUUUCUGUCAAUUUUAGAAAUUAAUUACUCCCACUUUACUUUAACAAACUUGGGAUACUUUACUUGUUUACUUUCCUACUAAUCCUUUUUGUCACUAUUGUUUUUCCAGGGAGCUACUCUUUUUUCCCACUUUCCUUUUGCUCUUUCUCUCUCCUAGGGUUAUGAAAUUCCUUUCCCUAAUUUUGAUCCCCUGACAUUCAGCUCAAUUUUUGCUGCAAUUUCAGCUGUUUUUUUUUUGCACACAAUUAACAAUUAUGGUAAGGAAGCACGGAUUUCAGUUACCAGCUCAUACUUAUCAGGUUGUUGCAAUUACUGUAUAUUGCUUGCUAGUUGUUGAAUUCUAUGCUUUCCUUGCGCCUUUCCUUGGAGGUCGAAUAUGGGAAUAUGCUUUAGUUGCUACAUAUUCUCCGUUGGCACUCAUUGUUUUCGUUCUUUACGCGAGAUGCACUGCAAUUAAUCCCGCGGAUCCAGGAAUUAUGUAUAAAUUUGAUAAUCAACCAACCAAUUAUCUCAAUGGGAAGCGUGGAGAAUCAACCAAGGAUGUACAUAAUAGAUUUGAUGAAAAUGGUACUGAUGGUCACUCCUCGCCAUAUUCAAUAUCCAGGAGCUCGACAAUGGCAAGUAACUUGAGUAAGAUUGGUUCAGCAAGGGAAGCUCCUAAGCCUAAUGAUCCUGUACAGCUAGGAAAGAAAAGUUUUUCUUGCAGUGGCAUUGGAGGAAUUUUCUGUUUAUUGUUUGUCCAUGAAGAUUGCCGUAAAGAGGAGGAUGUUGAAGUGCAAGGCAACACAGAAGAUGCAUUAUUUUGCACACUAUGCAAUGCUGAGGUGCGCAAGUUCAGCAAGCAUUGUAGAAGCUGUGAUAAAUGUGUGGAUGGGUUUGAUCAUCACUGCCGGUGGCUCAACAAUUGUGUUGGAAGAAAGAAUUACAUGACUUUCAUCUCUCUGAUGGCCUCAAGUCUUAUUUGGCUUGUUAUUGAAGCAGGAGUUGGUAUUGCUGUGUUUGUACGUUACUUUGUAAAUAAGAGAGGUAUGGAGGCUGCAAUUAUUGACAGACUUGGGAAUGGUUUCACUCCUGUCCCCUUUCCAACAGUGGUGGCUGUCUUUUCGGUAGUUUCCCUUAUAGCUUGUAUACCUUUGGGUGAACUGUUCUUUUUCCACAUAAUACUGAUGAGAAAGGGUAUUACUACAUAUGAGUAUGUUGUGGCUAUGAGGGCUAUGAGUGAGGCAGCACCAGGAGCAGCGUCAGAGAAUGAUGAUUUACCAAAUGAGUUGUAUUCACCAAGUGGGUCUGCAACAACUGGUUUCAGCGGUGGCAGUUCUCUAGGCCUUCAGUACAAGGGGACUUGGUCGUGUACACCUCCCCGGGUAUUUGUGGAUUAUCAGGAAGAAGUUGUUCCUCAUCUACAACCUGGAAUGGUCCAGUCAACCACUGAUCCAGAUGCAACAGGAGGAAGCAAGGCUCCUAGAAAGCCCGUCAAGCGUAGUGCGUUAAAGCUUGCGAAGUUGGAUCCUAAUGAAGUCAUGAAAGCUGCAGCCAAAGCCAGGGCUUCAUCAUCUGUGCUGCGACCGGUUGAAAACCGUCGUCUGCAAGCUAUGGAUUACAGUUCCAGUGAAAACAUUAGCAUGCAAAGUAGCGUGAGUACAGAUAUGGGUGCAAACAAAGAUUUUAAAGGGGACUUUAGGAUCUCUUCUAUGAGAAAUUCUGUUCCUCCGAGUCAAGGCAGCAGGGAUGAAUAUGAAACAGGGACCCAUAGUAUGAGUAGCUUCAGCAGUCCUAGUCAUGUACAUGAAUCGGUAACUCUAAGUCCUCUUCCACGAGCUCAUGGGUUGAACCAUUUGAAUGCAGCUGGCUCUGUUCCUGGUUUGAAUGCAGCUCAGCCUUCGACUUCUAGGGUUACCCUUCAUGGUGUUGAUCCAGUGUCUAGUUUUGCUUCACGACCUGACCACAAAAAGAAUCAGAAAGAAACUAGUACAGAUCCUUUACUGCUCUCAGCAUCAACGGCUCUUCUUAGAGAUGUGAAAAGGACAUCUGUUAUUUGGGACCAAGAAGCUGGGAGAUAUGUUUCAGUCCCUUCCACAACAGAUGCCAGAAAUAAAUCCAUGCAACAAAUUGCAGCAUCAAAAACUAAUGUACAAACUAGUAGUUACAGUAGAAGGCCAGUGGCAGUGCCAGUUCCAGCAGUUGAACCAGAAGAGUCGUCUUCCUCCAGAGGUCCACUGCAGGAAUCAGAUAAGUUGAUGUACUCUGGCGAAAGCAUUUUCUUUGGUGGGCCGCUUUUGAGUAUUCAUGGAAAAGAUAGUGCAAAAUCUGAUAAGAAUUCAAUAUUCGGGCGGGGCCAGGAGCGGUCAAUCCAAAAUAUUUCCGGGGAAUCAAGAUUUAGAAGGGAUACUGCUUCAAACCAGCUGCCUGUUUAUAUUCCAGGGGGAUUUGCACAUAAUCCUCAGUCUUCUUCUGGGGUGAGAUAAUCCUUCGUCUUGAGUCUCGACCUUCAAAGAUGGUAUUAAUUUCAUGUGGACGAUUAAUUUGACCCAAGCUAAGGAUUUGAGACCAGAAUUCAGAUUCUAAUGAAGCGUUGAUGAGGGGCUCAAAUCUGGAAGCGCAGUAGUGGUGGAUGUUGUUGUUCUGCUGCCGAGCUAUAAAGUUAUAAGCCCGAUACAUUCAUCACUGACAUUGCUGGUAUAAAUUGAUUCAUCUGAUAAUCAGUAAAGGAGUCUGAGCUUAUCUUGCCAGCUUCAACACUGGGAUCUGUCUGUCUACUGGUUUCCUCCUCUCUUUCUAUUUCCUUGCUAAUGGGUUAGUACUUAGUAGUAUUCUGUUUCUGGGUGGUAGAAGCUCCCUGUGUUCCCAUGCGCAGUGAACUCUGGCAAACGAACAACAAGAAGUUACAAUGAAGUACAAUAGUAGGUCUGUAUCUCCUUGCAAAAUUGGGUGUGGAAUGCUGCUGCAGUAGUAUGGAAGCACCAGAAAUUUUUUGUUUUAUAAAUUGUCUGAUACUCCGUACUUGAUCUCAUUAUUCAUUCUUUAGCAAAGAUUAUUGUUUAAAGUUGAUACGUCACAGACUUAAAAGGGGAAAUUGAAAAACAAUACGGAGUAACUGUGAUUUGUCUUGGA